CGGUUAAGACAGAAAUUCGUGCAAGAGAGCGACAAAAAAGUGUUAGAAAAAUAAAUAAAUCGCAAAAAUGGCUCAAGUGUUAACAACUCAAGUGGUUGGAUUACUCAUCGUCGUUGCAUUUGUUGGAUUAAGUGACUCUCAGGGUGAACGAUGUUACACUCCCUUUAAUCGCGUCGGUCAAUGCAUUCCAUUUCAACAAUGUUACUCUCUCCUUCGCCUGUUCGAGACAGAUAAAUCACGAAAUUCCAUAAAUUUUUUGACACAAUCGCAGCGAAAUUGCGGCAUGAGAGCAUUUAGAGGAGAUCCGUUGCUUUGUUGCACUGACAAUCCUCGAGGAAGGUUUUUCCCUCCAAAAACGGAAGAACCAACAGUUGUCGUCAUUGUUGAUGAAGAUGAUGAUUUUAGAAAAGGAACGACGACGCAAAGUCCUCCAGCACCUGAAACUUCGACGCCGUUCGUUUUAAAACCAAAAAGUUCGACAGCAACUCCUUUUGUUUUGAAGCCAGAAACGACUCCUUUUGUUUUGAGACCUGAAACGACGACGUUGCCGGGAUUUUCAACGACAACGAGUGAUAAAGAAGGAAGAGAAGUGCUUGAGGAUUUUGAUUGUAAAGGACCUGAUGGAGUACCUGGGCGAUGUGCACCUCUCAAAGACUGUCCUUACAUCUUAAAUCAAUACGCCGCUCGUCGCGGAGAUCAACAACUCAUCAAUUUCAUCCAUGCCUCUAACAAACUUUGCAAUUAUGCUGAAACAGCAGUUUGUUGCCCAGCAGAAAAAUCUUCUCCCGUAACGAAAGCUCCUCCUCCAAUCGUCAAAACAGCAGCUCGACUUCUUUCCCCGAACGAAGGAUGCGGAUUUAGCAAUGCGACACACAAUCGCGUCGUUGGCGGCGUCGAUGCUCAACUUCAUGCCUGGCCUUGGAUGGCUUUGCUCGGUUACAGAAACACUUUGGGCGAAAUCGGAUGGAAAUGCGGCGGAAGUUUGAUCACGAAACGACACGUUAUGACAGCAGCGCAUUGUAUUCGUCAAGAUUUAUCCAUUGCGCGUUUCGGCGAACAUGACAUCAGUGACGACACGGAAUCGCGUAUAAUUGACGUGCCUGUUGCUCGGAUGCAAACUCAUCCGCAAUACGACAAAAAAGAUGGGCACAGCGACAUUGCGAUCCUCAAACUUGAACGUGAUGUCCCGUUUUCGCUCGAAAUUCAUCCAAUUUGCAUCGCCACAGAAGGAGUUUUGUUGAGAAAAAGUUACAUUGACUAUACGCCGUUCGUUGCUGGAUGGGGAAGAACUGAAGAAGGCGGGCAACCGUCGAAUAUCUUGCAAGAAGUUCAACUUCCGGUGCUUCCGAAUGAUGUUUGUGUCGAAAAAUAUCGCGAUGAACGUCGUUUGUUGUCGCAGAAACAAUUUGACGAUGCAGUUGUGUGUGUUGGCGUCUUAAGCGGAGGCAAAGAUUCGUGUCAAGGAGAUAGCGGAGGUCCUUUGAUGGCUCCUAAUAACGUAGAUGGUCACUCAUAUUGGUACCAAAUUGGCGUCGUUUCAUACGGAAUUGGAUGUGCUCGUGCUAAUGUUCCCGGCGUUUAUACUUCUGUACAAAAAUUCGCUCCAUGGAUUGAAAAAAUGGUCAACGAGAUGCAAUAAAAAUUAUUUAAAUUAAAAAAUUGUUGAAAAUUUCAUUUUAAAAUAAAAUAUUAUUUAUUUUUUAAU